UGAGUGUAAGCGAGGGUUUGGAUGCUGCGCGAGGCCGUCAGUAUCUGCAUCUCUCGCAUCAGCGCCACACACACACACACACACUCACACAUAUACAGCAUCUCCAUCUCGACGCUUCACCUGCUCUCAUCAACGACCCGUAUUUGAACUGUCUUUGAGCCCCCCAAAAAGCGUGAAAGUCGACCGCUUUCGGUUGGUGAAAGUGCAAUAAUCCUUUAAAGAUGGUUAAACUGGGGAGUAAUCUACAAGACAAAGGAGCGAAAGCUGUUAGUGUUGAGGACGGCUUUCAAAACGUCCCCCUCAUCACGCCCUUGGAUGUUACUAAUCUUCAGUAUCAAGCCCCAGACAAGGUGGUGGUGAAGACACGAACUGAGUAUCAGACAGAACAGAAGAACAAGGCCAAGCUGAAGGUGCCGAAGGUGGAGGAGUUCACCAUCAGUGUGACUGAUGGAGUUUCUGAAAGGCUGAAGGUGACCAUCCUCAUCGUAUUGGCCUUGGCUUUUCUGGCCUGCAUAGUGUUCCUGGUGGUGUAUAAAGCCUUCACCUAUGACCACACCUGCCCCGAUGGCUUUGUGUAUAAGCACAAGCGCUGCAUCCCUGCCUCUCUGGAGGCCUACUACACGGCCCAGGACGCCAACAGCCGCGGGCGCUUCUACACCGUCAUCAGCCACUACAGCAUGGCCAAGCAGACCACCUCCCGCUCGGUGUCUCCAUGGCUCCCGGCCGGCAGUGCCCAACAUGAUGCCAAGCCUCCCAACACAGACAGCCAAUGAGAUCUCACACGCUACUUUUUAAAGGGUUUUCAUCACAUCCACCUGCAUCAACGCCAUUCCCUACUCCCCUAAUAUUUCUACAGGCCCUUUUGUUUCUCAUACUUCCAUUGUUGAUUUUUUUUAGCUGCGCAGUUUUAAUCAUAUUCUUGUUUUUUUAUUAUUCAUAUUUAUUUUUGUUGUAAUAUUCAACUAUUGUUUGUACAAAGGCAUGACUCUGAAAUCUUGUCAAGCGGUUUUCCCCACAAUGUCUGUGAGUGUCAAUGACCCAUUAUGGAAGCAGAAUACCCAUAAGCCCCUUACAGUAUGUAGUUAGGUAACAACAAUCUUGAAUGGCAUGAUAAAACAGGGAGUUUUGUGCUUUUAUUUCUGUAACAGCAGAAAACACACAUACACGUUAGAAUAUGAAAACAAAAAACCAACUCGCUAGACUCAUUUUUAUGUAAGAGUACGACGACCCAUCACAGCAUAUUAAUGAAACAUUGAUUUAGGCCAAAAAUAAAUUGGCAAAAAAAAAAAUACAUAUUGCAAAUGUACAGAAUGUUAUGGUUCCUACUUUGAACCUCAGUGUAAAUACUCAUGAGAACAAUUGCCAUGGUGUGAUACAUUGUAAUAUUCCCACUGUUUCUCAAUGGAUGGAGGUGUCUAGAGCUUUGCGACUUGCUUUAGCCGGUGUCUAUGCUUGCAUAUAACCAAGGGCGAAACCUUGGAUUCCUGAGAUGAUAUGGUGAAAUGUCUCAUCUGAAUUCCUGCCAAAGCUUGAUUUUCUGCUAUGUUUGGUCACAAGUCUGCUCUUUUUUCCAUUUUUAUAUCCGUUGUCAGAAAAAAAAGGGAUUUUUAAAAAAUCUUGUGCUGUUGUUAGUUGAGAUGUAGCAAGCCUUGAGUAUUUUUGAUUGUGUAUCCUUUAGGUUGAAAAUAAUAAAGAUAUACACGGUGUUCAA